AUGCGGUGGAAGUGGAUUGUCCUUUGUACGACCGAGCAGACAGUGUGUUGUGUUGACGGGCAAACAUUGACAGACUGCGCGUGUUACGGUAACGACCCCAGCGUGGACUCCGUGUUCGCAGACUGUUCCGCUUCCGGUGGACGGUUGACUCUCACAUCUGUCUUCCGUGGCGCAAAGCUUAACAGUUUAAGCUGCCCGAAUCCUGCCAGUGAUGUCGAUCGAGACGAAGCCAAAUGUUGCACGUACAACGCCAACGAUGACUGCAAAAUCGAUUUGACCUCCGCCGACGUGCCGAACGUGUACUCUGACUGUACCGGAAGUAGCACGUGCACGGAGCAGGUCACUUGGAUGCAGACUACCGGUCAAUGUCCACAGAAUGUAAUGUCCUUCACUAACUACAUGUGCAUCGAUUACGAGUGUCUACCCACUACAGACGAGCUCGGCUUCUGUGAUGCUGCAGGAACAACGUUGACCUCCACCACCGCAUACAUAGCAGACGACAAUUAUCCCGCCGGAAUCUCACACACAGACUGUUGUGCAUGCGUGUUUACCGCUUCCGCCAAUUCCGCGACCAUUACAAUAGAAGUCAUAGAGAUGACGCUUUAUGACGUGACGACCACUUGCAAUCAGAGUAUUUUGAUAGAAUCAGGCACGAACACGUAUACUUACAAUUGCACCCAUAAUACAGACUACACAAUUCAGACGUUACUAACGGUAACCAGUACGGCAACGGUGACGUUGAAAAAUGACGCCACGAGUGUCGGCAAUGGUCGGGUAUGGAUGAGAGCAACAGUAUCUAACGGCGGUCUGACGACUACGUGCGGAGCGGUGAGCACGUGUCCAGGUGACGUCACAACCACGACAACAGCGACGGCGGGGGAAGCGGACUCCGAGACCGCCACCACGACUGUUGAGUCGACUGCGACAACGGAGAAGACGCUGAUAUUCGGUUUAUCAGUGACGGUGUCGGCAGUGCUUAUCAGUCUGGGGUUUAUUAUUCUAGCCCUGCUUUUCGUCCUCACCUGCAUACUCUGUUACCUCAUGGGAAAGAAAAAGAAGAAAAAGAUUAACAUAGAUGGUUCAUCAGUAAUGACGGUUGCGCCAGUCAUCGGCAAUGAGUAUCGACAGAUGCCGACAAAUCCGGAGAGACCCGAGCGUUCCCGAAGAUCAGUGCCGAAAGUCGCCGAUGUUCCUCCGCCGUAUUCGGAAAUUAACGACGGCAUUCAGAACAGCACGGCGCCGUACUCGACAAAACUCGGAGACGGUUAUGGAAAGUCUUCUGCUAUGAGCCGACCGUCUGCCCGAAACGGCAUGUUUGUGUACAGACAAUAUGAAAACCGGAACCUGACUCAUGAUUAUAAUGAUGGCUACCAUUUCCCAAGGGUAGUGUCGCCUUAGUGUACGAAAACAGUGUUUAAACGCCUUUAUUAUUGAAUCUUUGAAGAUCAAUUUUUCUUGAACAAAGACCGCCUUCAUGUCGGGAUCCGGUCUGCUAUUUCGUAGAAAUUGACAUGCAGUUUACAAAUCGCAUAUUUUAUCGCGUUUGCAUAUCGUUUGAACAAUUCGAACGGUGUUGUUACACGUUAGGAAGAAUCAACACCGUCACGUGUCAUAUGCCAACGGAUAAAAUUCCAGGUUGCACAUUGAAG